AACUAUUUCCCUUCCUUCCCUGCCCGGCAUUCGGGGCAGUGCCCUAGUGAAACUGGGCAUCAGACUCUCCCAGCAGAGAGCUAGAGCUGUAAUGUGCUCCACACGGGCACCUGUGUAACAGCUGGGUCUCAGUGUGGACCUUUUGCAGGUGCUGGGGCAAGUGACCUAGGCCUGCCCAAAUUGAAAAGCCAGUUGAUCGCACCUGUAGUGUGGACAGGUGAUUGCACUGACACCUGUGACUAGGCUAAAUCCUGGGAUCUGGGCCAUGGUUUGAAAUAGGAAGGGGAGCACUUGCUGUACCUGCAAAAGAGGAAGGGAGCUAAGUGGGAAUGCUGCUCCCCAAGGAAGAGAAAGGAGAGGGGCUUUCCUCUGCUUUUAGCACAGGAGGGGGAACUGUGCUUCCCCAGUUCCCUUCACUCUAACCUGUAGAUGUGAGGUUCAAGGGAAAAGUGUACAUCCUGCUAAAUACCAACAGGGGACUGUUUCAAAGAAGGAAGAGGAAUGAUGUUCCUGAAAUUUCUUGGGUUCCUCACCUUUCUGCUUUUGCCAUGAUCAAAUGUUUGGUGGAAGAUGUGCGCACCAGGUUACGCUCUGGAGUGGCCAUCAACUCACUGGCCCAGUGUGUUGAAGAGCUUGUCCUCAAUAGCAUUGAUGCUAAAGCAACAUGCGUGGCCAUACGGGUGGAUUUGGAAACCUUCAAGGUCCAGGUGGUGGACAAUGGCUUUGGGAUGGGGAGAGAGGACCUAAAUAAAGUGGGUAAUCGAUAUUUUACUAGGUUUCAGUGCAGGUGCCAUCCUUUUAGAAGUGAGCUUGUUCUACCCUUCCUUCCUAGACCUCGGGAAGAGAGGAUUCUGGCAAGCCAGGAUUUCAGAGAUGCUGAUGGGGAGUCUCUACAGUCCUUGUUUUCAGAGUGGGAUAAUCCUGUAUUUGCUCGCUGCCCAGAGGUUGCUGUUGAUGUGAGCAGUGGUCAGGCUGGCAGUCUGGCUGUGAAAAUUCAUAAUAUCUUAUAUCCCUAUCGUUUCACCAAGGAAAUGAUUAAUUCAAUGCAGGUUCUUCACCAAGUGGACAAUAAAUUUAUUGCUUGUUUAAUCAACACUAGGAGUGAAGUGAAUGCAGAUGCAGAUGGAAACCUGCUGGUGUUGGUGGAUCAGCAUGCAGCCCAUGAGCGUAUCCGCUUGGAGCAACUUAUUGCAGAUUCCUAUGAGAAGCAACCUGAAGAAUCUGGCAAGAAGAAAUUGCUGUCCUCCACCAUCUGUCCCCCACUGGAGAUUGAAGUAACAGAGGAGCAGAGAAGACUCUUACGGUGCUGCCACAAAAGCCUGGAGGAAAUAGGCCUUGAAUUAUCAUUUCCAGAGAACAACAGCUCGCAGAUUCUAGUUGGGAAAGUGCCCCUGUGUUUUAUGGAGAGAGAGGCCAAUGAAUUACGACGGAAAAGACAGCCUGUGGCUAAAAGCAUUGUGGAGAGAUAA